AUGGCUGCCACGACCGCCUCCCCGACGCUGAAGCGGCUGGACCUACGUGACCCCGCGGCUCUCUUCGAGACUCAUGGAGCGGAGGAGAUCCGCGGCCUGGAGCGCCAGGUUCGGGCCGAGAUCGAACACAAGAAGGAGGAGCUGCGGCAGAUGGUGGGUGAGCGGUACCGCGACUUGAUCGAGGCGGCCGACACUAUCGGCCAGAUGCGCCGCUGCGCCGAGGGGCUGGUGGACGCCGUGAGGGCUACCGACCAGUACUGCGCCCGCCUCCGCCAGGCCGACCCGGCCGCGGCCUGGCCGCAGCAGAGCCCCGAGCCACAGCAGCCAUCUCUGGAGAAGUUCUAUACCAUGGCUGCCCAGAUCAAGCUGCUGCUAGAAAUCCCAGAAAAAAUGUGGAGCUCGGUGGAGGCCUCUCAGUAUCUCCAUGCCACACAGUUUUACCUGCUCUGCUGCCACCUUCACAGACUGCUCCAUCUGGAUUCUUCUAGUUCCCCAUAUAGCCCCGUCCUCUCCCGAUUCCCCAUCCUCAUCCGGCAGGUGGCAGCAGCCAGCCACUUCCGGUCAACCAUCCUGCAUGAAAGCAAGAUGCUGCUCAAAUGCCAAGCUGUGUCUGACCAAGCUGCCGCCGAGGCCCUGUGCUCUGUGAUGCUCUUAGAAGAGAGUUCUCCUCGCCAGGCACUAGCCGACUUCCUGUUGGCCAGAAAGGCAGCAAUCCAGAAACUUCUCAACCAGCCACACCAGGGUGUUGGUGCCAAGGCUCAGAUUUGCUCAUUAGUGGAGUUGCUGGCCACCACUUUGAACCAGGCACAUGCACUUUUCUACACUUUACCAGAAGGUCAGCUGCCAGAUCCCUCACUGCCAUGUGGCUUGCUCUUUUCCACUCUGGAGACCAUCACAGGCCAGCAUCCUACUGGAAAAGGCAUCAGUGUUCUGCAAGAGGAGAUGAAGCUCUGCAGCUGGUUCAAACACCUACCAGCCUCCAUUGUUGAGUUCCAGCCAGCUCUUCGAACCCUUGCACAUCCCAUCAGCCAGGAAUACCUGAAGGACACACUGCAGAAAUGGAUCCACAUGUGUAAUGAAGACAUUAAAAAUGGGCUCACCAGCCUGCUCAUGUGUGUAAAGAACAUGAAAGGCCUUGCUGGGAUCCGUGAUGCCAUAUGGGAAUUACUUGCCAAUGAGUCCACCAGUCACAGCUGGGAUGUGACAUGCCAGAGGCUUCUGGAGAAGCCACUCUUGUUCUGGGAAGACUUGAUGCAGCAGCUGUUCCUUGGCCGAGUACAGACUUUGAUGAAGGAAGGCUUCGAUUCCAUCUCCAGUAGCUCCACAGAGCUCCUGCGCUCAGCUUUGCAAGAGCUCACAUCCAGCACUCACAGCUCCACUCCAAACAAGCACAUCCACUUUGAGCACAACAUGUCUCUUUUCCUCUGGACAGAGAGUCCGAAUGACUUGCCUCCCGAUGCUGCCUGGGUCAGUGUGGCAAACCGUGCUCAAUUCGCCAACAGUGGCCUCUCCAUGAAAGCUCACGCCAUUAGCCCUUGCGUGCAGAGCUUCUGCUCUGCCCUCGAUUCUAAACUGAAGGUUCAACUGGACGACCUCCUGGCUUACCUGCCCUCUGAUGAUGCAUCACUGCCCAAGGACAUCUCCCCCAAGAACUCCGCCUUUGACCGCUAUGCGGAUGCCGGGACCGUGCAGGAGAUGCUGCAGACACACUCCGUGGCCUGCAUCCAGCACAUCGCAGCCUGCAUCCGGGCUGAGCUGCGGAGUGUUGAAGAGGUCAUACAUGGGCAGCAGGAGGUCCUCACCAGUGUCACACUGUAUGCAGUCCUCUUCAUGGCCAGGCUCUGCCAGUCCCUGGGAGAAUUGUGUCCCCACCUGAAGCAGUGCAUCUCGGGAAAAUCAGGGAGCUCCGAGAAACCAGCCCAGGAGGCAAGGGCUCUGAAGAAACAGGCAAAGGGGAGAGCUCAGGAAGUAAUGCCUUUGCAGACAAAGUGGCAGGAAGUCAGAGAGCUCCUGCUGCAGCAGAGCGUGGUGGCUUACCGCAUCUGGAGCUCGGCCGUCGUAAGAGUUUUGGUUCAUGGAUUCACCCAGUCAUUACUAUUAGAUGAGGCUGGUUCAGUUCUGGCCACGGCCACCAGCUGGGAUGAACUAGAAAUUCAGGAGGAGACAGAGUCUGGCAGCAGCGUCACCUCCAAGAUCCGACUCCCUGUACAGCCUUCCUGGUACGUACAGUCCUUCCUGUUUAGCUUAUGCCAGGAAAUUAAUCGGGUAGGCGGCCAGGCGCUGCCAAAGGUGACGUUGCAGGAGAUGCUGAAAAGCUGUAUGGAUCAGAUAGUGGCGGCCUAUGAGAAACUCCCCGAAGAAAAACAGACUAAAAAGGAAGGUGCGCUUCCAGUAACCCAGAAUCAGGCACUGCAGCUCCUUUACGACCUGCGUUACCUCAGCAUCGUUCUGACAGUCAGGAGCGAGGAGGUGAAGAGUGGCCGUGGCAAACAGGACUCCAGAACCGAGAAAGUCACCGACUACUUGGAGGGACUCAUUGACCCUUUUGACCUGGAUGUGUUCACGCCACACCUCAACAGCAACCUUCAUCGCCUGGUGCAGCGCACGUCUGUUCUAUUUGGACUGGUUACUGGUACAGAGAAUCAGUUCACCGCAAGGAGCAGUACAUUCAACUCCCAAGAACCCCACAACAUCCUGCCACUGGCCACUAGUCAGAUCAGGUUUGGGCUGCUUCCACUGAGCAUGACAAGCAGUCGAAAGGCCAGGCUGACCAACAGAAAUGCCGAAACAAAAGCCCAGGUUGUACCCCUGGCUCUCUCCAGGGCAGAUGAUCCAAUGCACGCUGGCUCCUUGUUCCGACAGCUUGUCAGUGAAGAGGAAGACACGUCCACGCCAUCAUUAUUCAAACUCGGCUGGCUCUCGAGUAUGACUAAAUAG